AUGGCGAUGGCCCCGGUCAAAUCACACGGCACAUCAAAUCGCAAUGGCGCUGGUGUCAUAUUGAACGAGACCUUUAGAAACAGCGUCAUAGCGGUGGAUCGACUAUCGGAUCGCCUAAUGGCUGUAAAAGUAGGAUUCAAAAGUCAUCUCUACAGACCAUGUCGCUCCCAACACCAUUUGGUCGUCAUGGACUUGAAAAUCUUCCGUCCAAGGAAGAAGAGACAUCCAAAGACUGAAACACAACGCAUCAAAUGGUGGAAUCUGAAGGAUCGAAAGGAGAUGGAGCCAUGGACGCGGAGAAUUGUGGUCGUCUUCUUCCAGCGUUAUACGCGUCACAGCGGAGAACACUCUGGAAAAGAUGACUCAAGGACACGUCAGCCUAAAGAUCGUGGUGCUUACCUACUGGUGAAGAGGGAGACUAAAAUGGUUGUCUCCAAAGCAAAGUCGGACCGCUACAAGGCUGUGUACGACAUGCUUGAUACAAGAGAAGGCGAGAGGAUCGUAAAGGGAGCUGAUGGCGCCCUUCUGCGUCGUUCUGGUCAGAUCCUGGAGAGGUGGCGAGAGUGCUACGUUCAGUUUUGCAACGAAGAGUUCUGCCAUCCUUCCAUGUCAACUGUUCCCAACGUCGAGAGUCCUGUUUCACCAAUUACUGCACUCGGAGUCAGUACUGCCCUCGCAAAAAUAAAAUCAAACAGGGCAACCGGUCCUGAUGACGUACUUACUGAUGUCUGGAAACUGCUAGGAGAUCGAAGGUCCGCGUGGCUUACAACUCCAGGGAACUCUAGGCCAAGGAUUCGUUGGUUGAACCGUGUGAAGUUGGACAUGAAAGAUGCGCGUUUGUGUACGGCUGAUGGGACCGAUCGAACCAAAUCAAAGACAAGAAGCAGAAAGGCGGACACUGCAACAACACUAGCAAGAAGAAAAAGAAGGUCUUGA